CUCAUCCAAAUUUCUUCGCAAUCAUUUUAACUUUGCUUAACAAAGAUUUGAUUUUUUUCAGGAUCCUUCAAUCACACCUUCAAUGGCGUCUUCUUCAACUUCAUCCAUUCGCAAGAUCUUUAAGUAUGAUGUAUUUUUGAGUUUCAGGGGCGAAGACACUCGUACGAGCUUCGUUGACCAUCUUUAUCAUGCUCUCAAGCAAAAAAGCAUUCAUACUUACAAGGACGACGAAGAAAUCAAAAAAGGGGAAAACAUCACUGAUGAGCUCAUCGGAUCCAUUGAAGACUCCAAAUUCUACAUCAUUGUUUUCUCCAAGGGAUAUGCCUCUUCAUCUUGGUGCUUGAAUGAACUUGUUAAGAUAAUGGAGUGUCAGAAGACGAACGAGCAUACCGCUUACCCCGUUUUCUAUGAUGUGGAACCACAGGAAGUCCGGAAACAAGAGGGGGCAGUGGCUGACGCCUUUGACAUCCUUAAAAAUAAAGAGGCUGCUGGAAUAUGGAGAAAGGCUCUCAAAGAAGCGGCAGAUCUGGCUGGGUGGGAGUUGAAGAACACUGAUGACGGGCAUGAAGCUAAAUUCAUACGAAAAAUAGUUGAGGUGGUUUCACUAGAGUUACGUUCCAUUAGUUUCCACAUUGAUGAAAAGCUAGUCGGAAUGGAGACCCGGAUCAAAGAUCUUGUACCAUCUUUAGGGAUUGGUUGUGACGAUGUGCGCAUGAUCGGGAUCAAGGGCAUGGGAGGUGGUGGAAAGACAACUUUAGCAAGAGCUGUUUUUGAUCACAUAUCCUUUCAUUUUGAAGGUACAAGCUUCGUUGAAAAUGUCAGGGAAAAAGAUUCUUUGUCCGGUUUAACGCAGUUACAAAAUCAAGUCCUUUCAGAUGUCUUAAAUGAUAAAGACAUCAAAGUAAGUGGUGUUUAUGAAGGGAAACACAUGAUGAAGAGGAGGAUGCCAAAUAGGAAGGGUCUUGUUGUUCUAGAUGAUGUUGAUCAUAUAAACCAACUUGAGGCGUUAGCAGGUGAUCCUAACUGGUUUAAGGCGGGAAGUGUAAUUAUCAUUACAACAAGAGAUGAGCAAGUGCUGGUAGCGCACCGAGUGAAGUUCAUUCAUGAUGUCAAUCUGCUAUCAUAUGAGGAGGCAAUUUGCCUCUUCAGUAGGUUUGCAUUUGGGAGAGAUAUUCCAAUUCAAGGGUAUGAAGAGCUAUCAAGACAAGUUGUACAUUACGCGGCUGGUCUUCCCUUGACGAUUAAGGUUUUGGGUUCGUUUCUUUGUGGAAAAGAUGAGCUUGAAUGGAUAGAUGCCCUAGAAAGACUAAAAACGAUUCCGGAAACACAAACUUUGAAAAAGUUGGAAAUAAGCUAUAUAUCUCUAGAGGAGGAUUACAAGGAAAUGUUUCUAGAUGUUGCAUGCAUCAUGAAAGAUUGGGAGAUAGAUGAUGCAAUCAAAGCGCUUGAAUGUUGUGGGUUUCAUGCUAGAAAUGGUUUAAGAGUUCUUCAACAAAAAUCUCUCAUAACUAUGUAUUAUGAUUGCCUAGGCAUGCAUGACCAUAUUGAAGAAAUGGGCAGGAAUAUUGUUCGUCGUGGGCACCCGGAUGAGCCUCACAAUCAUAGCCGAUUGUGGGUUGAAGAUGAAAUUGGUGAGAUAUUAGCUAAUGAUUUGGGUACUAAAGCAACAAGGUGUAUACAAUUCCACUCUAUGAAAUUCAAUCCACAUAUUUUUAUAAAAGGCUUGAGAAAGAUGAAGGAACUUAGAUUUCUUUCCAUUGUUGGAGAUUCUUCCAGUGAUUUGGAGUUUAGUAUGGCCGGCUUAGACUUCCCAAAUGCUCUACGAUAUGUGGAUUGGACCUAUUACCCUUUUAGUUCUUUACCCACAAUGUUUCAAGCAAAUAAUCUUGUUGCACUUAAAAUGUUUCGCAGCAGAAUUGUACAACUUUGGGAAGGUGGAGAAAGUAAGGUCUUUAACAAGCUCAGAUUUCUUGACCUCAGUUGUUCAAGGUUGAGUACCAUUGACCUUGGGCUUACUCCAAAUCUCGAGACAUUGACUCUUCAUGAUUGCAAUGAUUUGCUAGAACUUCAUAUGAGUGUUGGAUGUUUAAAGCUCACCUCUGUUGACAUUGAAGGUUCAAGGUUGAGUGCCCUUGACCUUCGGCUGGCUCCAAAUCUUGAAAAGUUGCUUCUUUCUGAAUGCAACAAUUUGGAAAAACUUCACUUGCCCGGAAGAUGUCUAAAUCUAAUAGAAUUAACACUCACCGAUUCAAAUUUGAGGACCCUUGACAUUGGGCUGACGCCGAAUCUCAGGUGGUUACAUAUUAAUGAAUCUGAUAGUUUGGAAGAACUUCACAUGGCCAAUGAAUGUCAAAAGCUCACCAAACUCAAUAUUAGUCAUUCAAAAUUGAGGACCUUUGACCUUGGGAUGACUCCAAAUCUAGAUACGUUAAAUCUUCAAGAAUCCCGUUGUUUGGAAGAACUUCACAUGGCCAAUGAAUGUCAAAAGCUCACCAAACUCAAUAUUAGUCAUUCAAAAUUGAGGACCUUUGACCUUGGGAUGACUCCAAAUCUAGAUACGUUAAAUCUUCAAGGAUCUCGUUGUUUGGAAGAACUUCACAUGGCCAAUGAAUGUCAAAAGCUCACCAAACUCAAUAUUAGUCAUUCAAAAUUGAGGACCUUUGACCUUGGGAUGACUCCAAAUCUAGAUACGUUAAAUCUUCAAGAAUCUCAUUGUUUGGAAGAACUUCACAUGGCCAAUGAAUGUCAAAAGCUCACCAAACUCAAUAUUAGUCAUUCAAAAUUGAGGACCUUUGACCUUGGGAUGACUCCAAAUCUAGAUACGUUAAAUCUUCAAGAAUCUCGUUGUUUGGAAGAACUUCACAUGGCCAAUGAAUGUCAAAAGCUCACCGUACUCAAUAUUAGUCAUUCAAAAUUGAGGACCUUUGACCUUGGGAUGACUCCAAAUCUAGAUACGUUAAAUCUUCAAGAAUCUCGUUGUUUGGAAGAACUUCACAUGGCCAAUGAAUGUCAAAAGCUCGCCGUACUCAAUAUUAGUCAUUCAAAAUUGAGGACCUUUGACCUUGGGAUGACUCCAAAUCUACAUACGUUAAAUCUUCAAGAAUCUCGUUGUUUGGAAGAACUUCACAUGGCCAAUGAAUGUCAAAAGCUCGCCGUACUCAAUAUUAGUCAUUCAAAAUUGAGGACCCUUGACCUUGGGAUGACUCCAAAUCUACCUACGUUAAAUCUUCAAGAAUCUCGUUGUUUGGAAGAACUUCACAUGGCCAAUGAAUGUCAAAAGCUCGCCGUACUCAAUAUUAGUCAUUCAAAAUUGAGGACCUUUGACCUUGGGAUGACUCCAAAUCUACAUACGUUAAAUCUUCAAGAAUCUCGUUGUUUGGAAGAACUUCACAUGGCCAAUGAAUGUCAAAAGCUCGCCGUACUCAAUAUUAGUCAUUCAAAAUUGAGGACCCUUGACCUUGGGAUGACUCCAAAUCUACCUACGUUAAAUCUUCAAGAAUCUCGUUGUUUGGAAGAACUUCACAUGGCCAAUGAAUGUCAAAAGCUCGCCGUACUCAAUAUUAGUCAUUCAAAAUUGAGGACCCUUGACCUUGGGAUGACUCCAAAUCUACAUAUGUUAAAUCUUCAAGAAUCUCGUUGUUUGGAAGAACUUCACAUGGCCAAUGAAUGUCAAAAGCUCGCCGUACUCAAUAUUAGUCAUUCAAAAUUGAGGACCUUUGACCUUGGGAUGACUCCAAAUCUACAUACGUUAAAUCUUCAAGAAUCUCGUUGUUUGGAAGAACUUCACAUGGCCAAUGAAUGUCAAAAGCUCGCCGUACUCAAUAUUAGUCAUUCAAAAUUGAGGACCCUUGACCUUGGGAUGACUCCAAAUCUAGAUACGUUAAAUCUUCAAGAAUCUCGUUGUUUGGAAGAACUUCACAUGGCCAAUGAAUGUCAAAAGCUCGCCGUACUAAAAAUUAGUCAUUCAAAAUUGAGGACCCUUGACCUUGGGAUGACUCCAAAUCUCAAGAAGCUAUCUCUCAAAGAGUGUCAUAAAUUGGUAGAACUUCGCACUCCCAUUGGAUGUCUAAACAAGCUUGUCCAUCUAGACUUAAGUGGUUGUUUGGGGUUUAGCUCUUUUUUGUUUUACAUAGUUGAUUAUACUUCUUGUAGUGUGGAUGAAUCACUUGAGGUUGGUCCUUCAGCUAAAUUAGUGCUGAUUGUGGAGACCUUAGAAAGAUGCCCGCUUCACCCCGACAAUAACUUGCCAAAGUUUUGCCUUAAGUGUUUGUAUGAAGAAGAUCGAACCUCAUUUCCUACAAAUCUUGAGAUGUUUCUUUCUGUAGUUAUGUGUGCUUGCACAAACCUUGAGACAUUUUCACAAAACAUUUGUGGGUUACGACGUUUAAGAAAGCUUAAACUCAAAGGCAGUUUUCUAGAGACAGUCAAGGAUCUUGACCAGUUAGAAUCUCUCGAGGAGCUAAUUUUGUCAUCUACAACAAUUAAACAUCUUCCAGAUAGCAUUUGUAUGUUGAAACAUUUGAAAUCUCUUGAACUUAUAGAUUGUCUGCUACUUGAGAGGUUACCUGAGGAUCUUGGCCGGUUAGAAUGUUUAGAGAAGCUAACUUUGCAAUCUACAACAAUUAAACAUCUUCCGGAUAGCAUUUGUAUGUUGAACCAUCUGCAAUCUCUCAGACUUAUAUUCUGUUGGCUUCUUGAAAAGUUACCCGAGGGUAUUGGCGAAUUAGAAAGUUUAAGGAAGCUCACUUUGUCAUCUGCGAUGAUUAAGCAUCUACCCGAUAGCAUUUGUAUGUUGAAACGUUUAACUUCUCUCAAACUUAAUCAUUGUUUGUUGCUUGAAAAGUUACCCGAGGGUAUUGGCGAAUUAGAAAGUUUAAGGAAGCUCACUUUGUCAUCUUUGAAGAUUAAGCAUCUACCGGAUAACAUUUGUAUGUGGAAACAUUUAACUUCUCUCGAACUUGAUCAUUGUUUGUUGCUUGAAAAGUUACCUGAGGAACUUGGACGUUUAGAACAUUUAAGAGAGUUAUGUGUACGAGGUACAAGCAUAAUUCAUCUUCCACAGAGCAUUCUUUUGAAGUCUCCAGCGAUGAAUUUUUUGAUGCUUUGUAACAGAAAAGAGAUGCUGAAAAAAUGGAUUAAGCCUACACUCAGAUACCGGUAGAAGAAUGGUUGAUUCCAAGUUCAAUAUCUUUGACUUUGUGUUGGGGAUUCCUGAUGAUUGAAGCAUUGUUAAUAGUUGAAAUCAAUGUGAGACUUCUUCAAAAGAAGAAACACAUAGUGGACAAAGAGAAUGAGUUGGAAGUGAUCUCCAUUAGAACCAUAGCUCAAGAGAUAUUAGGUUGGGACUUUCCAAAAGUCAUUUGAACUGCAAGAUUUUGAUAAUAAAUUUGUUCCAUUCUUCAUUUAAUGGAACAAUCAAAUAUUGAUCCGUAGGUCUUGUUUGUAACUUUGUUUUUAGACUUAGAGCUAAAUGUUUUGUAUUUUGAAAUAUAAUUUUAGCUUACCACUCUGAUUUUUCAUGGAUCAAUCUAAACCGUAUCCUGAUUAACAAUAAGAUUGUAGUUUUGAAAAUUAUGAAUCGUCUCAUAUGUGUGUUGAUUGCAACCUUAAUUGUUUGUGAAUAGAGUUUUGAUAGGUUUCAGGUUUUAAAGUUGCC